AUGCUCAACAGCAAUCCCGCAUCAUCUUCAAAUAAUAACAUGAUGACUCAAGAUGAUGAUGAUUUACAAGGACUUGAUAUCGGACCAAUUGCACAGUCUAUAAAUACUAGUUCUACUAAUCAUCAUCAUAAUUUACAAAAUCAACAGACAACAAAUGCUACUUUGGAUUCGGAAGGGGAUGUAACAAUGACAGACCAUGGUGGUGAUGAAGUUAUAAAGAGAUUUGAAGUUUACCUGUCGCAUAAAUUGUCUGAUAAACUUUAUGUAUUACAGUAUCCGUUGCGUCCGAAGGAUAAUAAUUAUAAUUUGAAUCAAUUAAAAGAAGUACGAUUCAAACCUAAUCAUAAAAAGAUGGAAAUGGAGUUUGAAGUGAAUACAAGAAGUGAACACUUUGAUGCAGAUACUGGACAAGAAUAUACAAGUUUUUGCUUGUCAUCAACUUCGGUUCCAGUCAAGGCUAAUUAUGCUGUUGGAAUUUUGAGAGGCAACCAAUUGCAUUUAACUCCAUUAUGGAACAUGCUUCAACUAAGACCAAGUUUUCAACACAUCAAUGAGGGAUAUUCUACAGGAAAGAGUAAAGUUGUAAGAAAAAAGAAAGCAGAUGAAGGUACAGAAGCAGAAGGCGAAGAAAAGGCAGAGGCGGGCACGACGUCACAAACAGGAGGAACCACAAAUUUCAGACUGCAAUCUGACAGAAAAGCUCUUGAAAGAUCUUAUCAAUUUAUGAAAGAUCAGGAAAAUAGCGAAAAACCUGUAGCACUGGCUUUUUAUCCUCCUCAUGAUUCACGACAACACAUAGAGUCUCUUUUUGAACAGAGAGAUGAUCCUGUUAAGUUUAACGUUCCUCCAACAGCAUAUCUUAAACAGCUUGUUCAAUAUAGGGAAGAGGAUCAGUCAUCUAUGGCACAAGGGUCACUUGGUGCUAUUAAGAAAAUUAAAUUUGGAGAACGUCAAGUGUACUAUGCCUUGUACCUUGCCAAGAUAUUACCUUUUGCUAAAAUAAGAGAAUUAGCAACUCGUAUCAGAAGUGACGAAGAAUUAACAUCUGCUUUACAAAAGUACGGAGUUUAUGUGAAUGGAAGAUGGGUCUUACGAUCAGAAUUCAAUGAGAAAAUUAUCAAGCUAAAAGAGUUGGACAAAAACCCGUGGACACUGCUCAAAUAUCCAAAGACGGCAGCCUACAGAGAAUAUCUAUUGUAUCUUUUCCAAACCGAGAAGCGAGUUGUUCGAAAACUGUUUGUUGAGAAAACAGGAAUUGACCCUGAGAAAGCCAAGCAGCUUCUUGAAGAAAUUGCGGUAAAAGUGAAGACAGAAAAUUCACAAGAUAUUGCCGCAUAUUGGGUUUUAAAGUAUGACGCUGAUCAUGAAUUUGAGAAUGAAUUCCGAGCAUUUAUUGCAGUCACACUUAAGGAAAUGUGGAAAAAGAGAGAACUAGAGAUGAAGAUUUUGUUAGAGUCCAAGUUUAAGGAUCUUUCCAUCUUGUUGCACGAGGUACCAAAACCUGGAGCAAGAUCCGGUUCGGCCGUCAACAGACCUGUACAGAGUGUGGAGAGCGAGUUGCGAAACUUCCUUAGUGAUAUUCUCAAGCAGUGGGGUGUUUGUAGUGAAUCCUAUCUCAAGAAGAGAAAGAACGAAUCAUCUUCAAGAUACAUCAAACAGGCUAAGGAAGAAGACUUUCAAAACAUCCUAGAUGAAAUUACGGUAGAGUUUAACAAUGCUAGAAUUUUAAAGCACAAACCUGAUUACUCGGAACAAGAAAGCAGAUUUCGAGAUCUAGUGGUCAAAGCAUUCAAAGAUCAUAAGUACACCUUGACAAAACAAAUUGUGAAAGAGGCAAUCAAGAAAGAGACUGGAGCAGAUAUUGCUCCCAGCAUAUUGCAAGGAUUAUGGCUGAGUUGGCCACAAGUGAUGCCACCAACAAAUGGCAUGCCAAAACUGGAACCGAACCCUUAA